AUGAUGUCUCCCGACAGAAGUUCUAGGUCUUCGUUCGACUCCGCAGCCCAUAAUGGAGAGGAUACAGAUGAUCAUCACCUGCUGCGAGAUGCUCAGGGUAUCUCUCUGCAAAAUCUUCGCCGCGAAGAUACUUCUGGCGAGAGCACGAGUGGACAACCCUUCCGCACGCCCGAUCACGAGCAACAUACCCAGCACACGAGUCCAAAUGCACAAGGCGUAACAGGCCAAUACAAUACGGGGCGAUCUAAUGAUGGAGGUGAGAAGAAACGCACGGGAUCGAAUCUCGAAGAAACAUACAAGGCCUCAAACGAUGGCCCUUACGACCGGCCGCCUCCGGACAAGUAUCGCGGCGGAGUACUUUCGCAGCUGCUGAAGCUGUAUAAGCAGCCAGAUUCUCAAGAUCUGCGUCAAGCUCAUCAGCAGACACCAGAACCUUGCACUCCGGCUCAUAAGAAGGCUCCUUCAGACUCAGGCCCUGGCACUGGAAUGAGCACUCCAGAACGUCGCAAGUGGUAUGAGCAGAAUGCCUCGCCAGGCUCGCUUGCUACGCUUAUUGGGGCUUCCGCAAACCUUGCCAAACCGGCACAGCCCCAGAGCAGCGGCGCGAGACCCCAGGCACAACAAAAACGCAGCUUUCUGUCCGAGCUGCUUAAUCAAGAGGAGCUACAUGUCAAGGUGCACAUUGCUGACACCUUGGCUCGUCAGGACUUCAUCUUGAAGCUCUGUCGCGCUUUCAUGCUCUACGGUGCGCCUACUCACCGCCUCGAGGAAUAUCUUAACAUGACAGCACGAACGCUCGAGAUCGAAGCGCAAUUCUUGUAUCUUCCGGGAUGUAUGGUCAUCUCAUUUGAUGAUUCCGAAACUCACACGACUUCCGUCAAGCUGGUCCGACUGGGUCAGGGCAUAGACCUUGGACGAUUGAAAGACGUGCAUCGUGUGUACAAAGAAGUCCUACACGACACCAUCGGCGUCGAGGGAGCCACCGAACAGCUAGACGAGCUCAUGGCGAAGAAGGCCAAGUUCCACGCUUGGCUUCUCGUCCUCGUCUUCGGCCUCACCAGCGUCACCGCUGCACCAUUUUCGUUCGAUGCGAGGUUGAUCGAUCUUCCGCUGUGCUUCUUCUUUGGAUGCUUGGUUGGCAUAUUGCAGCUUGUCGUUGCUCCAAUGUCUCCGCUUUACAGCAAUGUCUUCGAGGUGACUGCCACUGUCAUUGUAAGCUUCCUAGCUCGGGCCUUUGGAAGCAUCCGCGGUGGCGACCUCUUUUGCUUUUCUGCUCUUGCGCAGGGCGGUAUCGUUAUGCUGUUGCCAGGGUAUAUGUUCCGUAAGUCGAACUAUCCGUACGCUGAUAAUGAAGGCUAUGCUCACCGCUCCAGUGUCAUCCUCCCUUGAAUUACAAGCCCGCGCCAUGGUUCCUGGCUCGAUCCGCAUCGUGUAUGGAGUUGUCUACUCGCUGCUGCUUGGCUUCGGGAUCACCGUCGGCUCUGCUCUCUACGGAUUUCUGGACUCGCACGCGACUUCAGAUCUGAAGUGUACGCACCCUAUCCCGACCUACUUUACCUUCAUCUUCGUGCCCUUUUUCGUCCUGUGUAUCAGUAUGCUUUACCAGGCGAAAUGGGCACAGAUACCAAUGAUGGUAAUUGUCGGUUCCGCAGGCUACAUCGUGAACUACUUCAGUAGCUUGCGUUUCGCGUCAAGCCCCCAGAUCGCUAGCGGCUUCGGAUCCUUCGCCGUAGGUUGUCUUGCGAACUUAUACUCACGAUUCCGCCAUGGAGUCGCGGCUGCAAUACUAGUUCCAGCCAUCUUCACACAAGUUCCCGGAGGCCUUGCGAGCACCGGAGGCCUACUAAGCGGACUUCAAGUCGCAAACCAGAUCAAUAACUCUACGCACGUCGUUAAUGGGACGGGUCCUACAGUGGCACCGAACUAUAUUGUGUUUAAUGUGGCGAGUAGCAUGAUACAGAUUGCUAUUGGCAUUACUGUCGGGCUGUUUAUGAGCGCUGUAGUAAUUUAUCCGCUAGGGAAACGAGGGAGCGGGCUAUUCAGCUUGUAG